AUGGCUACAAAAAAAGACCGUAAAGCGGGUUCUAAAAAAGAAAAGAAAAAUUAUAAAUCAGACAAAAGCCUGUCAAACAUUUUUCCCCCACAAUCAGAUAUGCUAGGAAACAAAAGGAUCUCUGGCGAUUUCACUUUAAAUUCUAACUCCUCAAAAGAUAUUGAUAACACAAAAGAUAGUGCAGACUCAUCAUGGUCCAAAAUACAAAAUAUUCCUCCAGACCUUUUAAAAGCUGCUCUUGACUCUCCGUUUCUGAAAUUUAAAGAAGCAAUGAACAUAAACACAACGGAAUUGAAACAUGAUUUAAGAAAACUAGGAGAAAGACUCAAGAAAUCUGAAGAGCUUAUGGAAAAUCUCACAUUGCAACUAAAUAUUCAGAAUGACCAAAUUAAAUCCUUAGAAAAACAGAUGGAAGAGAUCGAAGCAAAACCAGUGGAAAUGGAGGGUAGAGCUAGACGCUGUAAUAUAAGGAUUAGAGGCAAUCCAGAACAUGUGAUGCAAAUUGAUUUGAAAAAAUACUUGACAGAAUUUCUCACGUUCUUAGAAUUACCCCCGAACAAAGAAGUUAACUUUCUAGAACAAUUUCAUCGUGUUCCCACAGUUGUAAAUCGAAAUAUCAAUAUUCCAAGAGACGUUCUGAUAUGCUGCCACACUUAG